AUGUUAACAGUUUGUUAUACACUGCUGAUUCUUUGCCAAGGCGUUAGUUCGUAUUUUCCUGGAACAGAUGUAAUCGGUGCGGGAUAUGAUAUCAUACAUGGAAAUCCCGAGGGCGGAGAUGCAUCAAGUGGAAAUCUUGACCCGGGUAUUAAGGUCACCAAACAUAUCUUUCAGAUAACGACUAGAGUAGAUGGCUCGUAUAAAGAACUCAGUAUCAGCAACAGAAGUUUCUGCUCAUCUUCCACUAGGUCCAACUUGGUUUACAGUGCGGCAUCCUAUCGAAAUGAUUUGUUCGCAGAAAUAGAUUAUACACCGCUGUCUUCAAAUACUCUGAAGCCAUUAGCCUUUUCGGAGAGUAUAUUAUAUAAAGAUAUUACCACUGCAACUUCAAGCGGAGACAUUGUAUAUAUAGAUAAGGAAACGGAAUGUCAAAAAGGCAUCAUUACUUAUGAUGACGAUAUGGUAAAAAUAGACAAUUAUGCAUUGACCAGGCACUUUGCUGGGUCCGUGUGCGCAUUACCAGUAACGUACGAUGCUGGCAAAUACUUGACAUUCCUUGAUCGAUGGGGAACGCAUGUGAUAAUGGAAGUACAUAUCGGCUACAAAGAGAUUAAUCAUUACCAAACAACAAAACUUGACCUAUUUAGGGAUAUUAUGAAGACUGAUCACCAGCUUCUGAAUGCCUCUGGUCCUUACAUGAACUCCGCUACGUCACUGGUGUUAAACAUCGGAGAUUUCAGAGGAAGCAGUGUAGCAGAUAGAGUUUUAGGCAGCCUGCAUAGAAAUGUCAAAAUAGGGUCAGACAAUAAUUCACAGCCUAUUAGAAUCAAGGUUGUUCCAAUAACUGAAGCGAUGAAAGACAAAUAUUGGAUGGCGAGUGACAACUAUGGAGAUAUUAGUAUAUGUGACAACAUUGUUGCAGCACUAAAAACAAAGUCGGCAAAUAUGUACAGGGCCUACACAGAAUACGGAAAGAAAUACCAGGGCAAUACUCCCGCAGUAACAGACAUGAGAAUACCCCUUCAGUGGCCAGUAGGAUGUUACGGUUUACCUGAGGCAAAGUCGGGUUGUCCUGCAGGGGGAGUGUCUUGGUUGGAGGGCUGGAUUAGCCAAGAUAAUGAAGAUAGCAAUAACGCAAACAGGAAAUCUGAUAAUGCGGAGAGAUACCUUAAAGUCAAACAAGACAGUUAUGGAACCGAGUCACAUUUCUGCAUAAAGGAAGACAAUACAUCUCCAACGUAUGGUAUGAAUUGGCCAAAAGGAUCUUACUGCAUUCUAAGAAAGGAUUCAGAUUGCCAAGCAGGUUUCCAGAAAGGCACUAUUCACUGGGACGAUGAAGACAGUGGGAAUGGCAACAGACAUUCCGGAGCUUUGCCUUCGGGUCAGUUUGGAGCUGCUGGAGCUACAAUCGAUUUUUGCUGCAGAUCUGAUACACCAGUUUCGACGGCAAUAUUACUGCCAACCGAAAAAAGUUUUGUACUAUACCGUUACGGAUCAUCAUGUCAACAAGUUCUCGGUAUGAGAUCGGACGAGGUGAAAAUAUGCCAGGACACGGAGGACCACGACAAUGCCGAUUCUUUUACUGGAAAAUAUCCAAGUUUGGAGGGAAGUGCGAAUGGAUAUUGUCAUGGUGGAAUAACAUUGAACUAUUGUCAUUAUUCGUCAUUAUCUCAAGCUGUCUACCCAGUUGGGUAG